GUACGGCACCAAGUUUUCUAGUAAAUUCUAUAAAAUUGAUUUGCGCCGGUGUGUACGAUUGUGAGAAGUCGUCGACCACACGAUUAUUUCGAAUCAGCCGGCACGCGUGUUGGAAGAUUGCUCAGUUCGAACGAGAUUCUCUACUGCGUAUAUAUCUGCGAACACAUCCUAUUUUCGUAAAUCAGAAUGGUCGAGGUAGAUUUGUCUCCCGCACAGGAUCGCGGCGUGUUGAAGGAAAUUAUCAAGGAAGGAGAAGGAAAUUUGACUCCUACGAGUGGUUGCAGAGUAAAGGUCCACUACACUGGUACUCUGCUGGACGGCACAAAGUUUGACUCCAGUAGAGACAAGGAUAAGCCAUUCAAAUUUAAUCUCGGAAAUAACAGUGUCAUCAAAGGAUGGGACAUCGGCGUCGCUACCAUGAAGAAGGGCGAGAUCGCUAUGCUGACCUGUGCUCCUGAUUAUGCCUAUGGCGAGAAUGGUAGUCCACCAUUGAUUCCAGCUGAUGCUACGUUGAAGUUUGAAAUUGAAUUGCUUGAUUGGUCUGGAGAAGAUCUAUCUCCGAAUAAAGAUAAAGGUAUUGAGAGAUUCCAAAUUGUUGCCGGUCAAAGCUAUGCUCAUCCAGAGGAAGGUAGUACUGUAAAAAUACACUUGACUGGAAAAUAUAAUGAUGAAGUAUUUGAAGAUAGAGAUGUAGAAUUUGUUCUUGGAGAAGGAGAAGUUGCAGGAAUUAUAGACGGUAUAGAAAUAGCAUUGCAGCGCUUCUUAAAGAGUGAGAAAUCUAGGCUGUUCAUUAGAAGCAAAUAUGCAUUUAAGGAACAAGGAAAUCCGACAUUUAAUAUUCCACCGAAUGCGGACGUAGAAUACGAAGUGGAAUUACAGAACUUCGAGAAGGAGGCAAGUAUAUGGUCAAUGAAAUCACCGGAAAAAAUAGAACAAGCAAAGAUGCAGAAAGAAAAAGGAACGAAGUACUUGACAUCCGAUAAAAUCAAUUUAGCCAUUAAAGUGUACCAGAAAGUUUUCAAGUACUUAAAUGAUGCAUCGAGUUUCGAGGAUGAUCUCAAAGAGGAGAGAGAUAAUCUCGUAAUAGCAACUCACUUAAACCUCGCUCUAUGUUACCUGAAAACCAAUGAAAAUGUUUUGGCUAGAGACGAGUGUGCUAAAGCUUUAGAAUUGGAUUCACAAAAUGAAAAGGCUCUGUUCAGAAGAGGACAAGCGCAUCUUGGGCUUUCAUCGCCUGAAAUUGCUAUUAAUGAUUUCCAGAAGGUUCUAGAAGUACAACCGAAAAAUACGGCCGCGUCUAAACAAAUUUUAAUCUGUAAUUUACUUAUUAAGAAGCAAUUAGCUAAAGAGAAGAAACUUUAUGCGAACAUGUUCGAUAAGUUUGCGCAGGAAGAUAAACAGAAGGAGGAGCAAAAACUGAAGGAACAGCCAGACGUGAUGCGUGGAACUCUAGGAGAAUGGGGACAGGAAGAAAGACCCGGAGGUAGAGACGCGACUGCCUUCGAGAAGGAAAAUCCUAACAUACUUAUGCUCAACGCUAAUGGUUCUGGUGAAUUCAAAAACAUGUAAACAAUGAACUUCUCUCUUUCGUUACACUGCCCCGCGUAACUGCCGAUAAAUUGAGGUCUCGUCAAUCUUUAUUUUCAGUGCCUUCUAAGUACUGCUAUAUAUCUUUAACAAAAAUCGCAUGUGUUAUAAACUGUAUAUUAAAACAUCAAAUGUUUAAUUUUAGCGUGUAGAAUUCAUAUGAGUCGCUAUAUAUAAAAGUUUCUUGUACUUAAUGCACAUGAGCGCAUCAUAAGAAUUAUUUUAAC